CUCUAUUUCUCUCUCUCUUUGGGGUUUGUUUGAGUACGAAUCAAACUCCAUUGAUUCUCUCUCUCUUCAUUAACCUUGCUACCACUGAUCCAUGCUGUUCUUCAGCCAUUAAAUUCCCCCAAUUAACUCAUCUCUGUUGCUUUUCCUUAAUUGCCUUUUGAUUUCUCGGCCUCAUCGUCGUCGUCGCUCUUCCAAUCACCGCCAACAUGGGUGGCGAUAAGGCUCUUAGUCUCGAAGAGAUCAAAAACGAGACUGUUGAUCUGGAGAAAGUACCGAUUGAGGAGGUUUUUGAACAGUUGAAAUGUAACCGAGAAGGUCUAAGUUCAGAUGAAGGAGCCACGAGGCUUCAAAUUUUUGGACCUAACAAAUUGGAGGAGAAAAAGGAAAGCAAAUUACUCAAGUUUCUUGGGUUUAUGUGGAAUCCUCUAUCAUGGGUCAUGGAAGCUGCAGCUAUUAUGGCAAUUGCAUUGGCUAAUGGAGGUGGAAAACCACCAGAUUGGCAAGACUUUGUCGGUAUUGUUUGCCUGCUUGUUAUCAACUCAACCAUCAGUUUUAUCGAGGAAAACAAUGCUGGAAAUGCUGCUGCUGCACUUAUGGCUGGCCUUGCCCCUAAAACCAAGGUUCUCAGGGAUGGUCGAUGGAGUGAGCAAGAAGCUUCCAUCUUGGUUCCAGGAGAUAUCAUCAGUAUCAAACUUGGAGAUAUCGUUCCUGCUGAUGCCCGUCUUCUUGAAGGUGAUCCUUUAAAGAUUGACCAAUCUGCCCUUACUGGUGAAUCUCUCCCUGUGAACAAGAAUCCUUAUGAUGAGGUGUUUUCCGGUUCAACUUGCAAGCAAGGAGAAAUUGAAGCUGUUGUUAUUGCCACUGGGGUUCACACCUUCUUUGGGAAGGCUGCACAUCUUGUGGAUAGCACCAACCAAGUUGGGCAUUUCCAACAAGUUCUCACUGCAAUUGGGAACUUCUGUAUUUGCUCCAUUGCCGUCGGAAUGUUGGUUGAGAUAGUUGUCAUGUACCCCAUCCAACACAGAGAGUACAGAAAAGGAAUUGAUAAUCUUUUGGUCCUGCUUAUUGGAGGAAUCCCAAUUGCAAUGCCUACUGUUCUUUCAGUGACCAUGGCUAUUGGAUCACAUAGGCUUUCACAGCAGGGUGCCAUUACUAAGAGAAUGACUGCAAUUGAAGAGAUGGCUGGAAUGGAUGUCCUAUGCAGUGAUAAGACAGGAACACUGACCCUUAACAAGCUUUCUGUUGAUAAAAAUUUGAUCGAGGUGUUUGCCAAAGGUGUGGAUAAGGAGCAGGUGUUGCUUUUUGCUGCAAUGGCUUCGAGGACUGAAAACCAGGAUGCUAUUGAUGCAGCCAUUGUUGGAACCCUUGCUGAUCCUAAAGAGGCACGAGCUGGCAUUAGAGAGGUCCAUUUUCUCCCAUUCAACCCUGUUGACAAGAGAACAGCUUUGACUUACAUCGAUGAGCGUGGCAACUGGCAUAGAACAAGCAAAGGUGCUCCUGAACAGAUUUUGACCCUCUGUGGCUGCAAAGAAGAUCUCAAGAAGAAAGUUCAUGCAAUGAUUGAUAAAUUUGCUGAACGUGGGUUGCGAUCUUUGGCUGUUGCAAGACAGGAAGUGCCCGAAAAAUCAAAAGACAGCCCAGGUGCUGCAUGGCAAUUUGUUGGAUUGUUGUCCCUUUUUGACCCGCCAAGGCAUGACAGUGCUGAGACCAUUCGCAGAGCUCUCAAUCUUGGUGUAAAUGUCAAGAUGAUCACUGGUGAUCAACUUGCCAUUGCCAAGGAAACUGGUAGACGGCUUGGUAUGGGAACAAACAUGUAUCCUUCUUCUUCUUUGCUUGGUGGCCACAAGGAUGCAUCGAUUGCAGCACUCCCUGUUGAAGAGUUGAUUGAGAAAGCUGAUGGAUUUGCUGGAGUUUUCCCAGAACACAAGUAUGAGAUUGUGAAGAAGUUACAAGAGAGGAAGCAUAUUUGUGGGAUGACUGGAGAUGGUGUGAAUGAUGCCCCUGCUUUGAAGAAGGCUGACAUUGGAAUUGCGGUUGCUGAUGCUACAGAUGCUGCAAGAGGUGCAUCUGACAUCGUGCUUACCGAGCCUGGGCUCAGUGUCAUCAUCAGUGCAGUGCUUACCAGUAGAGCAAUUUUCCAGAGAAUGAAGAAUUACACCAUCUAUGCUGUUUCUAUCACCAUUCGUAUUGUGUUUGGGUUUAUGUUCAUUGCUUUGAUAUGGAAGUUUGACUUCUCUCCCUUCAUGGUUCUGAUUAUUGCCAUCCUUAAUGAUGGAACAAUCAUGACAAUCUCAAAGGAUAGGGUGAAACCAUCUCCAUUACCCGAUAGCUGGAAACUAAAAGAGAUCUUUGCCACUGGCAUUGUGCUUGGAGGUUACCUAGCAUUGAUGACCGUUAUAUUCUUCUGGAUCAUGAAGGACACCAACUUCUUCUCAGACACAUUUGGUGUGAAAUCUAUCAGAAACAGUGAAGUCGAGAUGAUGGCUGCUUUAUAUCUCCAAGUCAGUAUAGUGAGCCAGGCUCUUAUUUUCGUCACCCGUUCUCGCAGCUGGUCGUUUGUUGAACGUCCUGGUCUGUUGUUGUUGGGUGCCUUCUUAGCAGCACAACUGGUUGCAACUCUAAUAGCAGUAUAUGCAGAGUGGGGAUUCGCAAGAAUCAAAGGAGUAGGGUGGGGAUGGGCCGGUGUCAUCUGGUUAUACAGUAUCGUGUUCUACUUCCCAUUGGACCUAAUGAAAUUCGCUAUUCGAUACAUCCUUAGUGGGAAAGCCUGGCUCAACUUGCUUGAAAACAAGACUGCUUUCACGACCAAGAAAGACUAUGGAAGAGAAGAGAGAGAGGCUCAAUGGGCUCUUGCUCAGAGGACGUUACACGGGCUUCAAGCACCAGAAACUUCAAACAUCUUCAAUGAAAAGAGCAGCUACAGGGAACUGUCUGAAAUCGCAGAGCAGGCCAAGAGACGCGCUGAAGUGGCAAGGCUUCGGGAGGUGCUUACGCUGAAGGGGCACGUUGAGUCGGUGGUGAAGCUGAAGGGGCUGGACAUUGACACAAUUCAACAGCAUUACACAGUGUGAGGGGGGUCUGUUUUUGUUUGUUCUUUUUAACUUAUUAUGAGACUAGUAGGUGGUCUUGGAUAAAAUGAUAUCUGAAAAGACGGGGGACAUAACCCCCCGAAACUGGUAUUUCUGAGUAUUAUUAAUUACUGCGUAUGGUUGUUUCUUUUAAAAAGCCAUGUAAAACAUUUCCCAUAACGUAGUUUCCAAUCCUUUAGAGGUUGUUGCUUUCCA